ACUUUCAUGGGUACUAGUAUUGGAUACACGUGCCAGUGCGCUCCUGGCUACCAAGGCAAUCCGUACAUCGACGAUGGAUGCGAAGAUAUAGAUGAGUGCAAGUCUCCAGAGAGCUACUCUUGCUACGGCAAUUGCACAAAUACACCAGGAAAUUUUACUUGCCUGUGCCCUACUGGCUACAGGGGCAAUGCUUCUGUCCUAAAUGGAUGCGAAGACAUAAAUGAGUGUGAGAACCCGGAAGCAUAUAGUUGCUAUGGAAUCUGCCAAAAUUUUCCAGGAACGUUUCAGUGCCAAUGUCCUAAGGAAACCUAUGGAAGUCCGUCCACAAAAGAUGGGUGUGUUAUGACAAAAAGGAAGAAUUCCUACACAGGUCUAAGCUUUGGGCUAGGAUUGGGCGGUGGAACAAGUCUUUUGCUAGUAAUAGGUGCUCCCUUCGUAUCACGUAAAAUAAAGUCGCAGAAGGAGAAAAGAAUGAGAGAGAAAUUUUUCAAUCAAAAUCAUGGGCUACUAUUGCAGCAACUUGUAUCACAUAAUGGAGACAUUGGAGAAAGGAUGACAAUUACUUUUAAGGAUCUAGAGAAGGCUACGAACAAUUUUGAUAAAGCACGUGUGAUUGGUGGAGGAGGACAUGGUGUUGUGUUCAAAGGAAUUAUUGAUCUGAAGGUCGUGGCAAUCAAGAAAUCAAAGAUUAUAGUAGAAAGGGAGAUCAAUGAAUUUAUAAAUGAAGUCGCUAUUCUUUCUCAGGUCAAUCAUAGGAAUGUGGUGAAGCUAUUAGGAUGCUGCCUUGAGACAGAAGUCCCACUAUUAGUUUAUGAAUUUAUCUCAAAUGGAACCCUCUAUCAACACCUCCAUGUUGAAGGACCAGUGUCUAUACCAUGGGUUGAUCGAAUAAGGAUUGCACUGGAAGUUUCUAGAGCUCUAUCCUACCUACAUUCAGCUGCUUCAAUGCCCAUAUUUCAUAGAGAUAUAAAGUCUAGCAACAUACUUCUAGAUGAUAGUUUAACAGCAAAAGUAUCUGACUUUGGCACUUCAAGAUACAUCCUGAUUGAUCAAACUGGAGUAACCACAGAGGUUCAAGGAACACGGGGUUACCUAGAUCCCAUGUACUAUUAUACAGGCCGACUAACAGACAAGAGUGACGUCUUUAGUUUUGGUGUUCUACUUAUCGAAUUGCUAACCAGAAAGCAACCAUUUGUCUAUAGGUCCAGGCAUGGUGAUAAUCUUGUUUCACAUUUCAGAAAGUUGCUCGCAAUAGGUAAUCUUGUUGGCAUAAUAGAUCCUCAAGUCAUGGAAGAGGAAGAUGGAGAAGUCCAAGAAGUAGCUACAUUAGCAACAAUGUGUACUAAGUUGAAAGGAGAAGACCGGCCAACAAUGAGAGAAGUGGAGAUAAUACUAGAAAGCAUACUGGUUAAGAAGAAGCAGGUUCCAUAUAUUGGAACAAGGAGGCAUGGUGAGAGUGAUGAAACUCCGAUUCAUAGCAUGUCGAUUGAAAUGGCAAAUAACCCAACAGACAGGCGACAUGCUAUGGAAGGCGCAAAUAGUAGCGAAAUAAGCCGGCAGUAUACUAUGGAAGAGGAGAUAUUGUUGUCAGGAAGCUACCCCCGAUAAACCUGUGCUUUCAAUUCACGAACAAUAACGAACUUCAUUAUUCCUUCUUGCGCUUCCAAGUUGAUCUGUAAACUUUCAGUGGAUGCAUUUUCUUGAUUGUUGAUUCCACAAAUAUAAUUCCUUUCGUGAAUAAUAUGAAGACGAUAGUAUUAUGUGUAAUG